UGUCCUCGAAGCGGGAGGAGUGAAGGGACUUCGGAGAGCUCGCUGCCCGAUAAUUUUAUUUCCCCUCCCUCUCUCCCGCCCCACAUCUCUCUUUACCCCUUUCCCGUCCUUGCUCGUGCAGCCAUGGCGGAGCUGUCGGCGGCCACUCAGUCCCCGUCGGUCUCCUCGUCGUCCUCCGGGGCCGAGCCCUCGGCGCCUAGCAGCGGCGGGAGCCCAGGAGCCUGCCCCGCCCUGGGGGCGAAGAGCUGCGGGUCCUCCUAUGCGGUGCAUGAUCUGAUUUUCUGGCGAGACGUGAAGAAGACUGGUUUUGUCUUUGGCACAACGCUGAUCAUGCUGCUUUCCCUGGCAGCCUUCAGUGUCAUUAGUGUGGUGUCUUACCUCAUCCUGGCUCUUCUUUCUGUCACCAUCAGCUUCAGGGUCUACAAGUCUGUCAUCCAAGCUGUACAGAAGUCAGAUGAAGGUCAUCCAUUCAAAGCCUACUUGGAUAUAGACAUUACUCUGUCCUCAGAAGCUUUCCAUAAUUACGUGAAUGCUGCUAUGGUACACAUCAACAGGGCCCUGAAACUCAUUAUUCGCCUCUUUCUGGUGGAAGAUCUGGUUGAUUCCUUGAAGCUGGCUGUCUUCAUGUGGCUGAUGACCUAUGUCGGUGCGGUUUUCAAUGGAAUCACCCUUCUGAUCCUCGCCGAACUGCUCAUUUUCAGCGUUCCAGUUGUCUAUGAGAAGUACAAGACCCAGAUUGAUCACUAUGUGGGCAUCGCCCAGGAGCAGACCAAGGCAGUUGUUGAAAAGAUCCAAGCAAAACUCCCUGGAAUCGCCAAAAAAAAGGCAGAAUAAGCCCAUGGAAAUGAAAAAUGCAACAGUUACUAAAACAUCAUUUAAUAGUUGUAACGUUGUUACUAUGAAGGAACAUGCUCCUUGUCCGCUGCAGCCUGCAUUCCAAGCUUUUUGUUUUUAAUUUGGUGUUCCCCCCCCCCUUUCCCUUUACCCUCAGUAUCAAGCAAAGAAUUGUUGAACAAAAAGGAAGAGAGAAAAAAAGGACAUCUUAGAACCCAAAAGAAUAAAGAAAGAAUCAAAUUAAUAGAAUAAAUCAAUGCCUCUAAUGGGGGUGGAGCUUUUGCUUGUAGCUUGAAAGGGAAAAGAUUGAAUGAAGGUAAGGGGGGAGAUGGAAGAUAAAACAUAUCUCUUAAGUUCUUCUAUCCAAUUUCCAGGUAUUAAUUUUACACAAGUUUCCCAUCACAGUUAUACCCUUAUUUUAAAGUUAAGAUAUAACGAUUAACUUACGUAGAAAUUAUUUGAGAACAGGAGUGGGAUUCUUUCCUAUGGGUUUUUUGAGCCUUCUGGUCCCAUCUUCCUGCCCCAUGAUGUGAGCAGCUAUUCCUAAUAUUCCUCUUCUUUGCUUAAUUAUGUAACUUUCAACUCAAUAAGAGCGUAUAGGCAAUAGUGAUCAGUCCUGGUUCCCAGAAAGCCUUAUGAUUAAAAUUGAAAACAGAAAGUGGGACUGGAACGGGAGUUAAAAAGGAGCACUGCUGUGAAGGCCACUCCUUCUCCCAUUUAUCCCUAGGAAAUAAAAAGCUCCGCCAUUUGGGAAAGUGGUGUCUGCUUCAUUUCUUUUGGACACCAUUUCUGAGCUUUAGUUUGAGAACUCAUUCCUGAGAUGUGCUUUCUUCCCUCUUCCCUAUCCACCUCAAGUUUAAUAAAUAUGAUUGUACUUCUUAUUAUGAAAUAAAUGUCUGUAACUGCUGUACACUGCUGUAAACUUGUUAUAGAAAAAAACAGUCUGCAUGUGGGCUCCUCAGUCAUUGAGUUAUUGUAAUCCUAUAUCAGUCCAUGGGGGGGGGGGGGAACAGUCUUAAGAAGUUAACUGCAGAAACACAAAAA